AUGUUUUGGAAGGUGGCCGUCACCACGGCCGCCCUGGCCUCGCGCGCCUGCGCCGAGAUUCGCCCGCUGUCCAUGGACCAUUCCAUCGAGGUCAGGGCCGUCGACGUGCUGGAACGAAACUACGAGGACGUUGCGAACCGAUAUAUCGAGAAGCGCCGCAGCGCCGCAACGGUCGACGGCGAAUGGAUCCCCAAGGGCGAGGUCAGCGUCAACGCUGACGGCACCAUCAACAUGACGGCCUGGGAGUUGGAAACGACCCAGAAGUGCACCGAUGCUCUCUCCCAUCUCGACCAGGCGUCGAAUCCCUCGGGCACCUGCAUCUGCUAUAACCUGCCCAGCUUGGACGCCAAAACGGGCGUUUUUGAAGCCGACCUGCGUCUUUACAAGGUGUCGGAGCCCAACGGCGUCUUUUCGGGGAUCCCGCCACAGAACAUCCAGGUCGGUCUUUCGUUCAACGGUGCUUCCGUCUCGCCCGUCAGCGCCGACAAGAUUCGCGGCACCAUCCCUCGUCGGGACGUAAGCUUCGAGGUCGAUUGGUCCAGACUGCAAAAGCGUGUCCUCACGCCGCAGAUCCUGCAGACUUACCUCUUUGUCGGACAGAUCGACCAGGCCAGGAUGGCACCGCCCAUGUCCAUGUCGCAAUUGGAAGCCCUGGUCAUGCCGACUUUGACCCUUACCGGCGUCAAUGCCGCCGGCCAGACUGUUACCACGAACGUCUCGUCCAACGAAGCCGCCUUUAUAACCGGCGUCUUCUCCAAGGAAGUGAUCAGGUCCGAUCUUGCCGUUGCUCAGGCCGCAGUCGACGAAGUUGUCGCCCAACUCAAGAACGGCACUGUUGCCUUUGUUCUCCCAGGUGUGCAGAUCAUGAUCUUCCCCAUCGGUCUCGUCAUCACCAGCACCUGGCUUCUCAUCGGCCUGGCCUUUGUCGGCUUCGGCACGUACGAGCGAAUCGGCUACGCAGACAGCUACAGAAGGAGACGGGCUAUGGCUGGCGAUACAGCCAAGCGCAUAUAA